AUGGCAACAGUGGAAGUUUUGAAACACAAAUUUCAUGAUGGAAUUUGCAUGAAGAGUUGUGAACAUUGUUUCAAAAAGGACAGUGCCAUUUCUGAAUUGAUUGGAGAUAUUCAAUCAAGUGCAUCCAUAUUGUUGCACAUUUUGUCAUCCUCUUUGCAAAUGAGUUCACUUGAAAUGGGAACCAUCAAAUUGAAGAAUGAAGAAUUCAACAUUUUAUCAUUAUUUGAAUCAAUGACAGGAGUAUUUUCAUUGGAAGCUCAAGGUAAAAACCUUUCAUUGAAUUCAUUCUUUGAUGCAUCCAAAGUUCCAUUGAAUUUGAAAGGAGAUUCAGUUCGAAACUUGGAGAAUUUUACAAUGAAAUUGAAGAAGAAAAAGAGUUAUGUGAAAUUUGAAUGUAUUGACACUGGAUGUGGAAUUGCUCAUGAUCAACUUGGAAAAUUAUUUCAACCCUAUUCUACGAUUGAUUCAAACACGGAUGUCACUCAUCGGUUUGAUUUUUAUUUCAAAACAGUUUCAAACAAUGCAAGUGUCAACAACGGAGGAAGUAGUUUGAUCAAUACAAACAGAAAUGGACUAGGUCUUAGCAUUACGAAGCUUUUGGUUGAGAAAAUGAACGGUAGAAUCGUUGUUGAUAGUGUCAAAGGGAAAGGUACAACCGUUUCAGUAGUUAUUCCUUUUAAAAUGAUUCCAGGCCAUGAACACUCAGUUGACAGAGGUGAAAGAUUAAACUCCAAAAACUUAUCUCAAAUGUUGAAAGAACCUGCUCAAUCAGGUAAUAAGAUAGCCGUUUUCAUAAUUGACGAGAAUAAGAGCUUUAGAGAUUGUUUAAAAUCCUAUUUAGAAAUAUUUAAGAGAGUACACGCCAUUGAGGAAUUCGAAUUUGCAGAAGAAUUUAUUGAAAAAUUCAAAUCAGAAAAUCGACGCUGCCUCAUUUUCUGCAACGAAAAAGAGUUCGAGAAAAUAUCUAAAGCUUUUAAUCCAGAGGGAGAUGUUAAAAUUAUUCUAACCGUUUUAAGAGGGUCCAGCAGAUUAUAUGCUGACAUGCAUUAUCUCUCAAAGCCUAUCUUAUUGAGAGAUUUGGUGGAGAUUUUCGAUGAUAACGGAGUGAUCAAGCAAAACAUGAUUAUUGGUGAUAAGCCAAGAAGUUCGUUGGGAGAGUUUGCUAACAAAUCAGUUCUCGUUGCAGAUGAUAAUGCAGUGAAUCGAAAAAUCUUGGUGAAUAUUUUGAAAAUAAUUGGAUUCAAAGAUAUUGACACAGCAAAUGAUGGAUUGGAUUGUUUCAACAAAUUCAAACAGAAAGAUUAUUCAUUGAUUUUGUUGGAUUGUUUCAUGCCUGUCAUGACUGGAAGAGAAUCAUGUGAAAUGAUUCGAAAUUUUGAAAAACAAAAAGAUCGUGGAGAAAAACGAAUUCCAAUUUUUGCCAUCACUGCAAACACAUGGGAAACAAAAGAACAACUCUUAUUUCAAGGUUUUGAUGAUGUUUUAUACAAACCCAUCUCCCUCAAUGAUUUGAAAAAACAGAUACAAGACGUAAUUCUCUGA